AUGGACUUCAUCCUAUUCGACGACGGCUCAGAGGAGCUUCAUGCGCGCUUCGACGCUGGGUUGGAAGACACCGAUUUGAUUUUCAGCAGCAGUAGCAGUAGCCCUUCGAUCUACCCUCCCACGCCUCCGCUAUUUCUUCUUCCGUCCAAGAAGACCGUCUCUUUGAAAGUCCCCGCGACCACGUCGAUCUCCAGGAAAAUGGCUGCAGCUGCAGCGGCUGUGUCUCCUUCGAGCUCGCCGCGCCUACCCAGCCCCCCGCCGUUUCCAGAAGUCCAGAUUGGGCCUCAGUCGCCAACGGUCGGUGACAAUGUUGCUAACGAGAAGCUGUUUGCGCCUCUGUCGGAGACGGAUGACGGGUCGACGAGGAGAAUUAGGCCUGGUACCAAGGCCGUUGAUAUGGCAUCGGGGCUGCCGUUGAUUCCUUUAUCGCAGCUUGACUCCCCCUUCCAGCUCCAGGAACACCUAAAAGCUCUCUAUCACAACUACACCGUGCCCAACGAGUCGGAUACCAUCCAGCCGAUCACGCGCGAAGUCGCAGUCUCUCUUGCUCACCCUCCUGAUGGUGUGGAGCGGUCUCUUUGGCUUUAUGAACUCUGUCGCUUUUUGACGAUGAAAGUCAACAACCUUAUAAUCGCAUUUUUCGCGGAAGAGCCACCCUGCUCGGCGGAAUCGUGUCCCGAGAUGCGCGCGUCUGAAUGGCAGUAUCUGUGCGCCGUGCAUGAUCCGCCCAAGCCAUGCUGUGCGAUUGACUACUGCUGCCAUACCUUAGACUGGGCUACAAACAUCUUGACAUCCCCAAAAUACUUUCCUAGCCGCCUCACUCUAGGUUCCGAAGCUGCUGGCGGCCCCCAGGCUAGCAUGCGACACUUGACAAAUAUUUUCCGUCGACUUUACCGCAUUUUUGCGCACGCGUGGUUUCAGCAUAAGGAUGUGUUUCGUCAGGUGGAGAAUACAGAUGGUCUAUACGUGUUUUUCAAAACAGUCUGUGAUGUGUAUGGAUUGAUUCCUGGGGACAACUACACUAUUCCCGCUGAAGCGGAGCAGGCGGAUGGAGAAAGUGCCGAUGAUGCUCCUUCAAUCCCCUCGUCAGCAUCAUCAAUAGCCCCUCCUGCAGAUGGUCGCAGAGUUUCGGUCUUGCGAAAGGACCAAAAUGGCGUCGCACAUCCUCAUUUCCUAGACGACCUCAGCAUCCCACAAACACCAUCGAACAUGAAUACUGGCGCAACUACACGCCGACACAAACACAGUCCAUCGACAGGGUCUAGUGUGGCGACAAUUGCAGAAGCCAUUGAGGAGAAUAAUGAACUAGCAACGACGAUGUCGAAACUUGGCAAGGUCGCCAAGAAAUUGGAUUCAAAAUUGGAGGAACCGGAGGAGAACAAGGAGAAGGAGCCGGUGGAAGAUACAUCAAAAGAACAGAGCAUUCCACAAGAGAAUGGACCAUCGGACGAGAAGGUGGAACCCGCUGAAUCCGAAUCAGCACCAACAGACGACGAACCAGACAAAUCAAAAGCGGAAGCAGAAGAGCCAGAAAAGCCAAGUCUCUCCUCCUCAGACGAGACUGAAUCCAGCGAAAAGGUCACCUCAGAAUCUGGAGAGAACAAGGCCGAAAUCGAGACAACUCCUGCCGAACAACAACCGUCCGACCCGGAGCCUGGAAAGGAAGACACUCCUGCUGAACCUGAAACUACUGAAGCACCUUCUGCAACCGAAGAUCAGUCAACCGCUGAAACCACAGGGCCGUCGUCUACCGAUGCCACUCAGAUCUCGGUUGAAGAAAAGGCUGCAGAAGAAGAAUAA